GUAAACAAUUGAAAACUGUGGCAAAUGUUAUUUUGUUUUGUUUUUCGGUCUACAAUUUCAACAAAAUUAACAGAAUGUGCAUUAAAUUAGACACGGCGACAAUCGAUUAACUAGACAUCGCAUUGGAGUUUCAGUUAGCGCGCUGAGUCGACGUGUGGCCGGUCAGCGAUAAUGUUUAAACUAGAGUCUUACAUUACACCAAUUUUGCUUAACUACGUGGCGAAAUAUGUUAAAAACAUUCGCGACGAAGAUGCACAGGUCUCGCUGUGGGAGGGUGAGGUAACGUUUCAAAAUUUAGACCUCCGAUUGGAUGUGCUCGAAGAGGAAUUGAAUUUGCCCGUUGAAUUGGUAUCCGGCCACAUUCACGAGCUGUCCAUUCAAGUGCCAUGGACAAAACUUACGUCGGAGCCCGUGAGAAUUGAGAUCAACACGAUUGAAUUUGUGGCCAAGCUGCCCGAUGAAGAGACUAAGCAGCGGCUGCUAACCGAGCGACGCAGACAAAGGAACAGUGCAGAUGAGCUCGAUGAGCAGCAGAGUGGAGCCAUCAGUUCGGGAGUUGUCAAUAAGAUUAUCAACAACAUCAAUCUGCAAUGCCACAACAUUAUUCUAAAGUACGUGGAGGACGACAUUGUGGUCUCCAUGAACGUGCAGUAUUUGAACUUCAGUUCAGCCAACGACAAAUGGGAGCCAACCAUGAUCGAUGUCAAUCCCGUGAAUGUAUUAUUGCGCAAGCUCCUUCAAGUAUCCGACCUAACCAUUUGCCUGGACAAGCGAAACACGGCCGGCCGCAUUGAGGUGUGCCAGGAGCCAAUUCUCUACCGUUGCUCAUUGGAUUUGCGUGUCCUGCGAAAAUACAAUGCCAACACCGUCAGCACAUCCAGCACGACGCGCAUUGGAGUCUUCACCAAGUCACUGGACAUUAAUGUUUCUUCGUUGCAAUUCCCGAUGGUUAUAAGACUGGUUAAGAUGUUACUGGAACUUAAACCGGCUACCGUUGAGGAAAACACCUUUGCCAUGCAGGAGACGGUGGAGCCUCCAACGAGCGAUCCUUCACAACUGCGUGUCGUGAACGAGGCGCCAACUUCAAUGUUUGGCUGGGCCUGGAAUCUAUUGCCCAGCUUCGAUGCAGCUCCAGCCGCUCCUGCUGUCGAUGAACCCAUUGGCCAUGCCUUCGAUGUGGGUGUCUAUGCUGAGGAACUGAACUUUCAGCUUAAAAACUCCGAGAUAUUCACUGACCAGACCAUGGGAGGCAUCAAGCGCAUUCGCUACACACCAAUAUUGCGUAUAAGUCUUGGCGGGAUUUACUACGAGCGCUCCCAGCUCAAGGAAAGCGAUUGGGCAAAUGUGAGAGCUGGCUUGUCCAGUCUGAAUAUGGAACCACUGGGCAUCUAUCGCAGCGAUGAGCCCGUGAAUCAAACUCUGAUGAACACAAAGGAGGCACUAAACGAGCGUGCCUUUGUCGACAAGAGUUUGUUCGAUGAGCAGUACAUGUUUGCAGAUCGGACCUGGUGCACCAACAACCACGAUGAUUACUAUGCGCGGAACACCGACGAUUACAUGCUUUAUCGCAGUCCUGUCCUUGCCUUUGACAUUGUCGAGUAUCGCGCUCCCAGUCAAUCCAGAAGUCAGGUGUCGACGGAAGCGCAGCUCAAGGAUGCGGGUCUUCGUGUGAAGUAUCGUUUGCUGUCUGCCGGAAUAACGUUUCACUUUUCGCAGUCGUUUCUCCAGGUUAAAAAUGUAAUUAGUGAUUUAUUGCGUCCUUACGAUUACACAGGAUAUCAUGCAGAGUCCGGUAGUGAAAAUAUCAGUCGACCAGUGACCAGAGAUGAGGAGUAUAAGAACGAGUAUAUGACGUAUGCUGAUAUUGAGUACUUGAUUAAAUUCAUGCCCAUUUGCAACUAUCAUAUCGACCUGCGCAACAUGACUGUGAAGUUCUAUCCCCGCCAGCAAAGUACCGAGAGCUCAACCACCGCCAAUCAGCAUCGACUGACCACCACCGUCAGCCAAUCCCUGUUGCCCUAUUUGCAGCUGAAGAUGUCAUCGGUUGUGGGCACCAUCUGUCGUCCUGGGAAUCCACAGCGUUUGGUGGAGUUGAUCACGCAUCUGCAGGACAAACCGCGUGAGAUAAUCGAUUCAUGCUACACUUCCUACAAAUUAAAUGUGAAAAAUCUAACCAUAAUUGCACUCAACACAACCCCAGAGAUGGGCAGGGCCAAGCUUGUGAAUAUUCCCAGCAUGCAGGUACAGUUCAAUAAUCUCGUUCUGCCCCAUCUAUGGCGACAGAAUGUGGCUGCCCUGGAAACGGCUGAAAUACAAUCGGAGCUGAUUACUCUUGAGUUCUCGAAGCGAGAACUCGUGCUUAUCAAUCGUAUGAUACUGUUGAUAAUUGCCUAUGAUAGCGGUCGACUUGGUGCCCUGGCCAGAUUGGUAUCCCGUGCAAAUCUCUCCUCGGAUGUGAUUAAGCUGCAGACGUUGGUCACUAAAUUGCGUCUCAACUAUCGCAAGUAUCACACGCAUGUGGCAAUGUUGGUUUCAAUGCGCAACCUCAACACAGAUGUCUACCACACGAUGAUGAACAUACGCAACGUGGUGAUAUCCACCAACAAGGGUAUUCACAACAAGUGGCUGGAGUUACAGUUGCAGAUUCCACGUGAGGAAUCUGCGGUAAGCGACAACAACAGGACACCAGCAACUGCAGUUUGUCUUUGGCUUGAGAAUUUCCGCAUUACACUGGACAUUUAUUUGGUUCAAUUCUUUAACUCUUUCAACUAUGUGGACUGCAUGGACACGGAUCACGAAGGAGAUUCGGACACGCUUAGUCAAUUGGAAAGGCAUCAAUCGUUUUCAAACAUUUCAUACACUUCGGUUUCAGUGUUAAAACUUCCACAAAAUGAAAUGCAACCACGUCGCGCUAUUCGCAAUAGCCGCAAAGCUUCAGUUCCUGCGGAGACAAUACAUUUGAGUUCCGAACGUGAGGAGAAAACUAUUGUACAGGUGGACCAAGUGAAACCAGAGACGAGCAACACUUCAACAGCGACUUCUGUGGAUCUAGUUAAGCUUAUACAAAGACUUAGCUCAAUAGUUGUUGUUGUUGAUAUGGCAAAGGCAAGGAUCGAUGUAUGUGAAGUGAUGCUGAGGAAAAACGUAAAAGAACAGGCCGUCGAUUAUACAUCCAUUCGUCUGCCACGAACGAAGAUAACGUCAAGCAACUGCAAGGAUGUGAUUCGUGGCAAUAUACGCUCCACCAUCUACAUGUCGGAGAGCAUAGAAAUUUGCAAGUGGGUUGUGGAAUUGACUGAGUUUUAUAUGUGUCUUCGACGGGCAAACAAGACUGAUAUGAUUAUAGCUCCUGUGCAUACGACAAUCACCAUAGCCUUGUCCCACAAGAUUAUUGAGAAGUCGCGACCAAAGGUGAAUCGACAUUUGGAUUCAUUUAUUGAGGAUCCCAACAUUGAUGAAUCGAAGCAUGCCAACGCUAAGAAAGUUGACUGGGAAAGACAAGAGCAAGCGGAUAAAAUGCAACAAUCGCUGAAAACAUGUUCAAUCAACGUGCAUGUGGACAUGUCGGAAAUCUGUUUAUUUGGACAUCGGAUGAAGCUUUUGUAUGAACACUUUGAGAUCGUAUAUGCCAUAUAUAAAGCGAUACGUCUGCUGGAUGCCAACAAUGAGUGCUUUGACAUUGCCUCUAAACGCAUGUUACAAAUCUUCACGGGCAGCGUAGCGAACAUUCCAAUUAUUAAGGAGUUUUUAGAUCUCGAUCCGGAUUAUGUACCUUCUGAUUUGGACAGUGAAACAGACGAUGGUGUCUCUUUAAUAAUAUUUUGUCAGUGGACAAUUCCACGCAUCGCCUUAGAAGUUGAAACUGUUGCCGCUCGUUAUCAACGCAGGGUUAUCAUCAACUUUGAAGAUCUCUUGCUGAAUGUGGAUAAGCAUCCGGAUUUCACUAAAAUCACAAGUAAAGUGGAGAACGUUAGCCUCAAUUUCUUCGAAGCAAAGAUGACGACUGACUGGAAACUUGUGGAUAAUGUUAGCAUCAAAAUGCUGGGAGAUAGUUCAAAUUUGCCAAUGAUAAGUGUCGUCGUGACCACAGUCAGCUUAAAGGAUCUUUAUUCGAAAAUUGGUGCCCUAAAUUUGUACAACAAGAAGCGCACAAUCUCUGAGAUAAUUAUUGACUUGCAGCCAAUUGAGAUAAUAUUUGAUUUGGAUAAGAUAGCUGAAUUUUUAAUAUAUCAAUGCGAGGUAUUGGAACUCAUGCGCAACGAUCAUCGUAUGAAGGCGCCCGUAAGCGAGGAGCAUAAUCAAAGAGAGAAGAUUAUAACCGUACAGGAUCUGCCAAUGGUACAUCUAAACAGCAAGGGCAUCUAUAUCUACAUUCCGCAGGAGACUGAAAAGAAGCGCUGCUCCGUUCUUCUGUUGCGGAUCGAGAGCAUUAAAUUGACUCCAAGUGUAGAGAAUCCGCUGGUGCGUCCACUAAUUCGCCAGGAUAUUUACAAUAAGGCAGCUGAACUAAAUAUGCUCAACACUCCCGGAUCUCUGGUUGAGGAUCGUCAGUACGAGCUUAGUGUGCGUAAUAUUUCACUCUCCACUGGCAAUUGGGUACAAACUCAGAAGUAUCGUUUGGCAAAGUCGCUUUCGGAUGAGCACAACAAUCCAGCUUUUGAGUGGAACAAUCUGGCACAGUCCACGGAGUUGGAGCAUAUGGACAUUUUUAAAGACUUUGAUUUUAUCACUAUCUACGCACCAGCUAUAAAUUUCGAUCGUUUUCUGGUCUCUGGUCAAAUUAUCGAAUACAAUUGUGUGACGGACUUUCUGGCCACGUUAAACACCCAACAGAUCCACUUGAUAUCUCAAAUUACCGAACAACUCCAGCGAUUACGCAGCAUUUUGGACAUUGACUGCUCGAAACCUAAUGCACGGAAUAAAACAUCUAACAAUUUAAAUACGUCUGCCUCACAACAAUCUAUUAGUUCGAUGUUUAACAAGAAACCAGCAGUCGUAACAAACUAUACUCCCAUGGUUAGGAUAUCAGCACGUAAAAGCUUCCAUGAUGCCCAGAGCAGUAGCGACAUUAUGUUUGAUGCCGGCCAAAGUGAUUCGGGCAUUAACAUGAGCAAAACCUCUGCAGGCGCAAUGCAUUCGCAAACGGGACUUACGGAGAAUCAAGCUGUUACUCGGCAUAAAUUGAGUUAUCCAUCGAGUGUUUCAUUUGUGGCGGGCAAGUUUUCGCUUCAGAUCUAUGAUGUGGUGGAGAUUGAGGAUGAGAUGCUGUUGAAACCGCUUCUAUCAAUAACCAUAUCGCAGCCCAGUUUCUUGUCAAUGAAAACUCUGCAUGCGUCCACGACACAGGCCUCAAUUUUUGACUUUAAUAUCAAUUUAGCCAAGACGAUGACAGAGAGAGAACUUGUCAGCGAUACGGAAAUCGAUUCCAACAAAUUUAGCGAGUUUAUAUUCGACACGAUGCCGGGCACAUUGGGAAGUUCUGGAAUUCCACCACCACUGCUCUCGGUGAAGGCACAUCGAGAUCGCAGCCACCAGCUGGAGGUGGAUGUGGAACUGGGCAGACCAAUGCUAAUCCGACUCUGUGAGAGGAGUGUUAAGCUUCUAUUGAGCGAUCUCAUUCGCAUAUACACAUUGCUUCAGGAAACUCCGUACUUUGCUGUGCGCAACGAAAAGCCUGUGCUCAAAUCGACGCCAAUGAGUCAGUUAAAGCUUUAUUGCUUCAAUGCGGAUCGCCUGCACCUGGUGUGUGAUCGCAUAACCAUCAAGUUCUACGAUGAGCAGCGUUACUUCAAGUGUAGUGCCGUCUUUCUAGAUCUUAAUGCUAACGUCAAGUUCAACACGCGACCGAACAAGGCGUCCAUUAAGGCGACUUUGGGAUCGAUCUAUUUGCAAACCGGCGAUAAGAUAUUUCUCCAUCCGCUGCUAAUGCGUCUCUCCGCAGAUCUGCUAAGCGAACCAUGGUGCGAUCAGCUUCUGAUAACAUCCACAUUGAAGCUCAAUGUUCUCCACGUGGAUGCAAGUGUACUUAGCAUAUUGCAGAUUUGUAAGGCAAAAGAAAAAUUGGAUAGCAUCAUGGAACAUGUCAACGAGGAGUGGCAAGAGUUUCUGCAUAAUCGGCCAUCCUUUGGAAAGCCAGAUGCUCCGCCCUUGGAAUCGCUAUUUGCCUACAAACCUCACCAAUCGCAGAUCGUUCACUCGAAGACGUCUGUGAAACCAAAGGCAGAGUUCUAUCGUGAUGAUCUACGUGCUGGAGCUUUUCAAUUUGUCUAUCUAAAUACGGACUCGGUGCUGCCUAUGCCCUACCAGGUGCAGAUAAUUAAAAAGAACUAUGGCAUCGUCUGUUGGCGCUAUCCACAGCCUCGUCAGAUGAACAGAAUUUAUAUUUAUCCAGUGCCAAUGCCGGUGGAGAAUCCCAUACAUAUCAAGUGCCGCAUGGAAUAUUUUAGUGAAACGCACGAAACUUUCUUGCAUUAUUGUGAUUUUGAGCUGUCGGAGAUUGCCAGCAAGCAAUUGGCACCGCCAGAACGUCAAAUCAGCGCCACAAUUUGGCGUGUUGUCAUUAUGCAGUCACUGAUCUCUGUGGAUGGCACCUGCUUUGAUGCGGAUGAGGAUGAGGAACUGCAGUCGAUUGAGAGUAAUCGCGUUGUACAGGACUUUAAAGGAAAUUUGGAUAACGAUUUUAUAUUGCAUCCUAAAGUUCUUGUCGGAUGCAUGCGCAUUGACACAACCUUCCACCCCGGACUGGUGCCAAAGCUACAGUUGUUAUUGUGUUGUCAGGAUAUUGAGGUAAACUUCCUGAACAUGCCGGAUGCCUCAAAUGUCCUUCCACUGCAACUCAAGAAAUACGAUCUGAAAGUGAUCACAGAGUUAACUCAAACCUUUCUCACCGUCCAUGUGGAUAAUCUGCAGAUACAUUCGAACAUGUACACUCGAAAGAACUAUAGUGUCGAGACAAACUUUCGCAGUCGCAUCAAAUGCCUUGAUUAUGGCUUCUUUAACAUGGUCGACAUAUUAGAACCGAUGACAUUCCAUAGUUAUUUAAGGUUCAACAAGAUGAAACGAUUGUUGAAUGCCAAUUUAAUGGUGGACAAGCUGCGUAUCAAUUGCGGUCCUUGGGUGAUACAUACUCUGCUCUGUUCCAAGCAGCAUUGGCAGGAAGUAAUGAAACAGAACAAGGUGGUCAACACAUUAAUGCCAAGAUUGGUAAUAGUCAAUCGAAUGCAGUUACCUAUUACUUUCGGCCAGACUGGCACCAACGAACGCAUCUCGGCCAAACCCCAAGAGCUCUGUCUUUACUAUUUCUGUAGCGAUUAUCACAGCCAGGAGCUGACUUUCUGCAAACAAAAUCCAGAAACGAAAGAAUUGGAAGUUAGCGAAUCUGUGCACAUUGCCUUAAAGUUCGACGAGGAUAUUCGUGUGCGUCACGUGCGAAUUGGCAACGGUUGUAUGACGAUAAAGCAGGGCAAGUUGUCGGCCACGCAGGUGUAUGUGCUCGUUAAGGGCCAGAUUGAGCUUUUGAACAUGGCGCCCUUUAAGCUGCUCACCGAGUUCCGAUCCGAGGGCAAGCAAUACGAAGAGCAAGGACAAAAUCCACUGGGACACUGGCUGAAUGCCAAGGGACGCACCUCCUUUUACCAUACGGUGGUGCGCAAUGAGGACAUCACAAUGCGUCUUAAGCUGAGCACAGAUCAGGGCAAAGGACGCACUGGGGACAUUCCAUUGAAACCGAAUAACAGUCUGCCCUGGCUCGUUAAAGUUCCCACUCAGCAGCCGCAGCAGUUCAUCAGCUUGUGGGUGCGUAUUCUCCGCGAGGACAUUGUCUUAGAUAAUGUGGAGGAUGGCUUCCAGCCGCAGAAGAUACUCGUUAGCAUUUGGCCCAUAUUUGAGAUAUGUAAUCUGCUUAGCUGCGAUCUGCAGGCAACGGAGACAACCACCAAUGAAAAGUUUACCAUUCCCAGUCAAGGUGGUCGUCAGGCUCUUAACACGGCCACAACGCAUUCCACCGAGCAUCCUGUGCAAUUUGAAUUUCCUUCCGAACUUGGGCCCGCUUCUCAGAGCGAAUAUACGUUCAUGUUAAAGAAUAUGGAUUGGCACAAGUUCUUUAAUUACGAUCCCGCCGAGUGGACAAUUGAGGGCACGCUGCAGAAGCUGGACAAAAAACCGAAGACCAAAUGGCCGCUCAACGAUGCCGAGGAGCUACGAGUGCAGCGAUUCUCCAAGCAUCUUAACAAAUUUGAUAUUCAGUAUCGUGUGCAGGCGACACGUGAGUUUUCCUGCACGCUGGGAUUGGAGGUUGCCGCCUGGGGCAUGUUUAUCAAUGCCACGGGUCAGGUAGUGAGUAUAUCCUUGCCCGUGGAAGGUGCUCGCUAUUCGAUUGGAUCGAACUGCUUGGAAAUGUUACCCGUGCUAAGCGGUCACUUUACCAUCGAUAUACCUUUUGGCUCCAAUUGGAUUCCAUCGUUGCCAAUUUGUCUGGAGCAACAGACGCAGGCGGUGCAGACGUCCAGUGGGAUUGGACGUCCUGUUGUCCUGCGACUCAAUUCCUUUGUAGACAUAGUUGUGGUGCGCAACGAGGACGUCUUCCGCAUGAUCUUAGAGUAUAAUAUGGAAGACGGACGACGUGUAUUUAAGCUGCGCUCUAAGUUUAUUAUAGCUAAUUUUACGGAUGUGAUAUUGCAUGCCAUGCCGCUAACCAUGGAUCAUAAGGAGACCUCUAGUCGGGAGGAUGUCAACUCGCUGGACUUGACCAAAAAUAUACGAAAUCUUCUGCCCAUUAAGGCCAAAGAGAAUUCCAUUGGCGUCACCAUGGAGAUGUUUCACGAUCUUAACGCUCGCAAGACGAAACACAGCAGCGACACGGCUUUUGUUUACUUUGUUAGCUUUGCCGUAAUUGGCACUCAAGACAUUUCCAUGCCUAUUCCCCUCGCGUUGCCGUUUACACGUCGCUGCUUUAGUUUGCAGGAUGGAAAAGAUUCGAUACCUUUAACAAUCACUUUGAUUGAGAAGGACAAUGUUUACUAUCUGAGUGUGUUUAGGGAUACAGCGCCGACCAUUGUUAUUAACAACAAUACCAAUGUGAAGUUCAUUGUUGCCCAGACAACGGCCUCGGGGAACAGCAAUGUCACCUGCACCACUUCCGAGUUUGCUGGCAAGCACUUUGAGUGGAAUCAGUUGAUCGCGCCCUAUAGCCAAUGCUACUACAGUCCUCCGCAGAUGUAUGCCAAUUUUCCGGAUGUGGAAUUCAGCAUGUGCAAUCUUUCGCUGGCUCUCUACAAUGAGUCCGGCACUUGUGGUAAAAGCAAGAUUGGCUGGUCCAAACCUAUAAGGACUGACAAAUCGUGGAAGAAGUUCAUGCAUGUGCCCAACCAUGGUGACAUCAAAGUGGUGAUCUGUGAUAAGCAUCGAGUGAUACGCCUUAAUAUCUAUUAUAUAGCGCAGCAGAUGGAGUUUUCUGUCAAGGACUUGCGCUCACGUCUGAAAAAACCAGAUGAAGUGAAUCCACUUUUGCCGGAGAACGUCGCUCCGUUGACGACAGAAAGUGAUGCGGAAGGAUUGGAGGUGAAGGCAAUCAGCUCUGACUGCAUGCACUUCAAGGAGGAGUGUGAGAUGAAGAUGCAGCUGUUUUUGCGCACCUUCAUCAAGAGUUUUGUGUUCAGCCUGCAAACGAAUAAUCGAGAACAAGAUUACCUCAAGACUGAAGUGUGCAAUAUGUAUGCGGAUGAUGUGAUGUUGGCCUACGAUGAUGAUGACGAUCAGCGCGUGCUUAAUCUGCAGCUGCCCAAUCUACAGCUGGACAAUCAACUGUACUCCAGUGGCAAAUAUGAUUUCCCAGUGAUUCUCUGUGCCCAACAGCUCUACAAACGAAACUGUUGCCUGCCCCAGGUCUACGAUCUGAAUGCGGUUUAUAAGCGUCAAGCGGAACGGUUGCCCGUCUCAUUGUUGACCUUUGUGUUCUACCAGGACGAGCUGCAUUUUCAGUCCGUGCGUUGUCAGCUUCAGCCGUUGCGUGUCUACAUCGAGGAUGCGUAUCUGAAUCAACUCCUGGACACCCUCGUUGAAUGCGAGCCCUCCAACUGCGUCUACACGCCGCAUGCGGAAACUGAUCGCGUUGAGUUGCAAGAGGGACAGACCUUGUUGCCAGUGCAUGUGGUUGCCCAGUCGGUGUAUAUUUCCGAGCCACUUCGAUUAAAUAGCUUUGUUGUGGAGCCUCUCAGUCUGUUGCUCUCGGUGCACACAUCCUCAAGACUGUACAUUGCCUUGGAUCAUUCGCCUUUGUCCUUCUCCCGCUACGAGCGUCAGCAGAUACUGACGGUGCCCCUGCGCUUUGGUCAAUCCCUGGGUCUACAUUAUCUGAGUGGCGCCAUCUUUGGUGCCGGCUGGGUGGUGGGGUCCCUGGAAAUACUGGGCAGUCCCAGUGGAUUAGCACGUUCCUUCAGCACGGGAUUGCGUGACUUCGUCUCCAUGCCAGUGCAGGGUCUAUUUCGUGGGCCUUGGGGAUUCCUCGUGGGCGUUACCCAAGGAUCUGCUUCCCUACUGCGCAAUGUCACCGCGGGCACGGUUAACUCUGUGACCAAAUUGGCCGGAUCUGUGGCACGUAAUCUGGACAGACUUACGCUGGAUUCGGAGCACAUUGAGCUGACGGAGGCGCGGCGAAGGGCACGUCCCCAAGGCUUUGCGGACGGUCUAACCCAAGGAUUGACCGGCCUGGGAAUCAGCUUGCUGGGCGCUGUCGGUGGAUUAGCACAUCACACGCUGGAGGCACGCAGUUCCGUGGGUGUCUUAACGGGUCUGACCAAAGGUAUUGUUGGGGCUCUGACUAAGCCCAUAAGUGGAGCUGCCGAAAUGCUAGCACUGACUGGCCAAGGAGUACUUCAUACAGUUGGGUUUAAUACCAUGCCAAAGCAGGUGGAACCAAGCUUUACCCGGAAUGUUGCACUUCAUGCGAGCUCCUAUCGCAUCUGGCGUUAUUUGCCACAGCAGUUGAAUAAAGAUCAGAUACUGUUCUUCCACAAGAUUACGCUGAUGUUGAAUGGACAAAUGCAUCCGGCAUUGUUAUUUGUGACAUCCACAGUGCUGGUUAUCAUGGAGCUGGAACGCGAAGAUUUGACAUUCAUUGCGUCUGUGCUGAAGGUGGAGGUGGUCGCUGAUCGAGAAGAUCCGUCCAAGCUUUUCCUAAGCCUCAAACCUGAACAGAUUGACGAAGUCCAAGGCCAAAUGAAGUACACGAAUGAGAGGAUCAUGAGCUUCCUGAAUGCUUCUCGGGCGCAUGUGUCGGUAAACGAUUCCCUGAAUGAUUUACUGCAAUUGAACGAUCAGGAGGAGGACGACGACGUGCAUCGUCAGUCGCAGUGUAUCUUCUUCCUCAAGCCAAACAUGGGAGAGCAUCUAAUAUAUUACCUGAAGGUCAUCAGGCAAACGCAGUAAAUUUAACAUCUGUACAGAGGAUGUAUUGUUAACUAGCUGCAUACAUAUACAUAUAAAAAUGUAUAUUCCAUUACGUCUACCUGUCCCCGUGUGUUUUUGUGUGCAUUCUGCAAAGUAUUUUAGAAUUUACUGUUAGCUUUUCCCAAAAACCAAAAAU